UUAUCUCAGAUUCCUCAUCCUGUCUACAAAACAUCAGUGGAUUGGAUCAAACGAUUCCGUAUUACGACACUCGCUGCCUUUGUAAUGUGGGCGUCUAAACAUAUCCUCACUUGUUUGGAAGAAGCCAAACAACAACAAGCAGAUCAUCCCAAAGGCGCUGGUGGGGAGAUUGAUGCUGCGCAACAACAACCUCCUCCUAAAUCCAAAUCUAAGGUAGCAAUAUUUGUUGCAUUAGCAAUGGUAUUGCGUAAGAAGCCUAAAUCUUUGGCUAUUGUAUUACCGGCUAUGAGGGAUAGGCGUAAGUAUCGGGGACAGGACAAGCUUCCCUUUAUAGUUUGGAUGAUGGCUCAGGCCUCCCGAUAUGAUUUAGCUGUAGGCUUGUUUUCAUGGGUGCGUAACUUGUUACCACUAGUCGGUACCUACUCUCCUCAGUCAACAGAUCUCAUCAUGCAGUUGGUUGAGAAAAUUUUGUCGAAUCCAAAAGCUCGAGCUUUACUUGUAAAUGGAUCUGUUGCAAAGAGAUCACCACGGGUGAUUCCACCUCCUUCGUUUGAGAUCUUGCUAAGGCUUACUUUCCCUGUAUCAUCCGCAAGAGUAAAGUCUACAGAGAGGUUUGAGGCACUUUACCCCUUGUUGAAGGAUGUGGCUCUUGCCGGUAUACCAGGAAGCGACUUAAUGAAACAAGUGACUCAACAAAUGUUCACUCUUUCUUUGAAAUUAGCUGGAGAAGAAGGAAACCCUCCUUUAGCCAAGGAAGCUACAACAAUCGCUAUCUGGUCUUUGACAGAAAAUGUAGAUUGCUUCAAGCUCUGGGAAAGGCUCUAUUAUACGAAUAAAGAAGCUAGUGGUGCUCUUCUUAAAAGGCUUGUAGGCGAAUGGAAGGAUCAUUACCCCAAACUAUCAUCAUCUCCGAGUGAUAAACUCACUCUCAAUAGAACUAUGUUGAACUUCAUGCUAAUGAACGAAAAAGCCAUCACUGAAGGAGGAGGAGCCAAUUGUUCUCUGUACGAAGAAGCAUACAAGUCCUGCAAAGUGAUCUCGGAAAGACCCUCCCGUGGAAGUGGCUGCCUCAAAGGUACAGUAGUCAUUGCUGCUGUGGUUCUAGUUGCUGCAGUUUUACUAUCUUGCAACCUGGAUGCUACAUCGUUUCUGCAGAACCUGGUGGACUCAUGGGGAUACUUCAAUGCAAUCAUCAAAGCUUUGACGAACUGUUUAAGAGAGAAAUAUCAUUGUCCUUGCUUUGCUAUAAAUUAG